AUGAUUGUUUUAAAUGUUUUAAAUCUCAGUUCAUCAGGAAAAUAUCCUUCAUGCAGUAUUGUUUUAGUUAAUACUAAAAAGAUAAGAGCCGAAACUGAUGAAAGUGAAGACACAGGCAACUGUUUGGAAGCAAAUAACAUAGAAUUAAUUGAUACAAGACCAGAUCCAAAAGAGAUUGGAGAUCUUACACAGUUUAUGCAUAUCUCUAAUAAUAUCUUAGGAGGAAACAGAAAUUCACAACAAGUUACUCGCUGUUUACAUAAUUACCAAGAUAAAGCAAAAAUGUUGGGUACAACUUAUAUGAAUUCAGUGUGUCUUAACAGUAUACUUGAUCUUUCAGAUGAGGAAAUUUAUAGGGAUUUUGCCCAAUACAUUGAACAAUUUACUGAGAAUACAUGUACUCAAGCUGAGGUUCUAUCUCUUGUUCAAAAGUUCUACAUAUCAGGGAUAUUUGAUCUGUAUCACUAUAAAUCACAUGAUAUUGCACAGCAAAUUUUAACGCACCU